AUGCACUCCAAAUUUCAGAAAGAAAUUUUGUAAUUUUAUAGAUAAGUGCUUAAGUGGGCCAAUCUGAAACCAGAGCCAGCAAAAUCAACUAUUAAAAUCUAUGUUUAGAAUGAGUAUCGAAAGAAUUAAAAUAUACCAAAAAAGAAAUUAGAUAGGGUAUUUUCUUGAUUAAUAUCUAGAUUGAUUUUCUCUUCAGAUAAGGAAAGAAUAAGUACGAAAUAUGGAAGGUAUAGAAUUUUCAUAUAUUAAGGAUGCAAAAAUUGACUAAAUAUAAAUUAAAUGA